CGUGCUCCUUCGCGCGUAUAGAGUACGUUGUUUACAUAGCCCUUCGUGUGCCGCAUCGUUAUAAGGCUGCCUUGAAACGCAAAAACCGAGCAAAACGUUGGUUCACUAUAAAAGCAAACCCGAGUUUGUGGCCAGUUGCUGACGCUGACACCAUGGCUCUGAUACUGUUCACCAGCAUGCUCAUCUUGGUCGUAUUCCUCACUACGGUUGCGCAAGGGUUCCCCUACGCCAACCGGAUGCACGACCCUCAUUUUCAAGACCACGGCGCUUACGGGCAUGGCAUCGUUACACACGAACACAGUUCCACCCGCGAGAGCCACGCUUUGCCCCACGGGGACCUGGACAGUCCGUCCACCACUGUCGUGUCGUCCAGCCACAAGAGGGUGGUCGUUCCGGGCGGCGGUGAUGCUCAUCGUAGUGGCUACUUUGCCCUGGUACCCGUCAAUCGCAUUUUCUUCAAGCCGUGGGGGACCGUUCGAUAGCCUCUUAGCAUUUCACUGAGCAAUACCGUAAGAGUGUAGAAAUGCUAUGCAGUUUCGCGUCCUGUCGCGCAUUGUUACUACAUGAAACGGUUAAAGUGCCACUAAAUCUCGUGUCUUCAGAAUGCUACCAAAGUUAUGUGACUGAAAUCUUCUUGUCUCACUUUGCAUUCCUGCAAAAUAUUUUGGCUCUAUACGUGACGCGAAAGCUAGAGAAAAUUAUUCUUUAUCUUUGAGAACUGUGACGUCAUGUAGGCUCCAACGGAGCGCGCGUCUCUCAUUUUGCAACGUUGUUGUCCUUCGCCGUCUGCCGGGGUGCUCACUUUUUGCACUCCGUUAGCAGAAGCCCACGCUACGUAUCGUCCGACCACUCCGACUAGAGCCCUGCGCGGAUGAGGUUUUUGGCAUCCGCAUCCGACCCGCAUCCGCGCACACGUUACCGCAUCCGAUCCCCAUCCGCACCAUACACAACAGUUUACAUCCGCAUCCGAUCCGCUGAGCAAAACGCACCAUCCGCAUCCGAUCCGCAAAAAUCCGCACGCUUCGAAAUACGCGUAAAGACCGCCGGAAGCAUGUUGGUAUAAUUUCGGAUGCCUCCAUGCUGUCACGGAAGGACUCAGUCAUGACGACAAGCAAAGGUAAACCUUUCAACAAACGCGAUAUAGACUUCAGGAACGCGUCGAACGCUACCUCGUCGGCGCUCGCGCGGUUCGAGACGCCUGAAUGCCUCCUCUCCCGUGUUGGCGCCGUGCAUGGUCAAAGGUAAACCAGAGCAUGCGCUCGCUGUCGGCUGUCGGCGCGCAAUACAAAUAAAUUGCGGGUGGAAAAAUGACAGCACGCGGUAUAUCCGCAUCCGAUCCGCUACCGCUCCGCUGCCUUCGUAUCCGCAUCCGAUCCGCAUCCGACCUCGAGCCAUCCGCAUCCGAUCCGCACACCGCAGCAAGUGCUAAAUUUUCAUCCGAAUCCGCAAGUAUAUUGCGGAUAUCCGCGGAUAUCCGCUUCCAUCCGCGGAUGGUGCAGGGCUCUAACUCCGACCAUCGAGAAAACACCAAGGAGGGAGAAGUCAUCUCUCCCAUUUCCCCUCUUUCGAUCAGCGUCACGUGACUUUUCCACCACGUGACCCUCCCCGGACGCCGGCGUCCUUGCUGGGAGACGAGUGCCCUCUCCAGAACAUGACAUCAUUGCAAUUUGUAGGCUUAUGAUUACGUCACCCGCUCCUGGCGUCAUCGAAACUUGUGGAGGCUCAGCAGAUCUUCAAAAAUUGACAGAAAUGCACAGUGUUCGUAAACAGGAUUGAAAUUUCGCGCAUAGAAUUUUCGAGGCACCUUCCUUUCGUGGACUAAAUAAAAUAAACGCUGUUUGCCGAAUGCGGAGUGGCACUUUAAGCAGUACAGAAAAGAUACGGACACUACCUGAAAGUGCGAACCCCGCAAGGUUCAUUCGAGCACGAUUUCUUGUACAGUAGCGGUGUACUAUGAGAGGGCUAUUUAUGUGUUUUCUUCUUCGCUGCUUGGCUAGUAGGUUCGCUGUACUGGACUGCUAAUCGCUUGAAAAGUGUCGCUCCUCGCAUAAGUUUGACCAGAUCAAAAUUUAGGAAGAGUAAGCGUAGGAGCAGAAGAAUACGAUACAUACUGGAACUUGUUUUUAUAGCGCUCUAUAUUCUACUCGACUUACUGACUGUACUUUACUCUCUUUUUUGCGUGGUUUUUUGCGUGUUUGAAAGCUUCAUUACUGGUCUGUACAGAAAUGAGAACUUCAUGUAGUCUCUGCACGAAAGAAUUUUCAGGGGGUCACAAUUUAGUUAUGGUCACAAUUUAUUUAAAUUCACAAUCCAGACGGCUUGUGCUGCACUGUAUAGCCACGCGAAGUAAGGGAGUCAAUUAGAGGACCAUCCUUUAGGUACCACGCUGCCCAAUGCACUCAGGCUGAGUAAUUCCACCAUAUGCACAACCUCUACUUCAUAUGGAGGGCAAGUCGCCGCCGAAAAUAUUCGUCAUUCAGGCAAGACGUGCACGUUCCUUAAGGAGGGGCUCGUGAAAUGACACUGUUGCACAAAGCGCCACACUGCGUAUCGAAGUCUUCCGCUAUACAACAUAUUAGCACGCAUUUCUCCACACCUACUUGGCGCGCCAUCUUUGUUUGCAUGACAUAUAGGAGAGGGGAAAGUGUGUCAGUUUGUACGAUGGGAACAUUUCGAUCCGGCUCUAAGUGUCGCGCAUUGAACAUAAUAUUUGCGCCAAAAAUUUACUCUAUAGAAAAUUCUUUUCCUGCACCUACAGUCCUACACUUAUAUCUACGUCGUUAGGUAAGAAUGUGUCUGUGCGCACAGUUGAAACCUAUAGGCAUAAGAUGAUUCUAGACAUAGACAUCUUGUUUUUCACGUUGUUGACAACCCUCAUUGCCAAACAAAUCCUAAUCUAGAGGCUCGGCCUCUAUAAUAUGCUUAACCGAUGGGCGUUUCCCGAUUGUUGUAACCAGGCGUGAUGUUGUGACUACUACUGUACUGUGAAUAUUUGUCACGCUGUAUAUUUUUUACGCACUACUUACACUCGAAAAUAAAUGAAACAGUGAG